AUGUUGUAUGGUAAACACCGUGGAUGCAAAGCUUAUCUGCCAACGCGCGGAAUCAUCUUGACUUGUGAGUCACUUUUCCACUUCUUCUAUUCCAUGUUUGGAAGAACAUUUUUAGGGUCUACUAGAUGUGGAAUACGCCGCUACUCUACUGCACCGGUAAAUUCAAGGGCGCGGCUAGUUUUGACGGUUGCAUUGACUUCUCUUUCUGUUGGAGCAGUGUCUUAUCUAUUCGGUCGCAAACAAAUACAAGAUAAUCCACCUGAAGGUUUGUUCCCCCAUUCGUCGACAACUAAGUUAUCACAGAUUUCUACCCCUCGUUACUGUACUGAUUCUGAAUUAGAACAGGCUAUCGCAGAAGUGAAAGCGGCUAUCGGAGAGUCUAAGGUUACUAAUACUGCCAUUGAACUUGAGGCACAUACAGACAAUUAUUUCACACCACAUGCUCCCUUAGCGCACGAGAAGCCACGAUGGGUUAUUUAUGGUACUUCUACUGAAGAGAUUUCUCAAAUUAUGAAAAUUCUUCAUAGGUACAAUGUACCGGUAGUUCCAUUCUCUGGAGGCACAUCUUUGGAAGGGCAUAUAUUCUCAACCAGACAAGGAGUUUCCUUAGAUACAAGUCGUAUGAAUCGAAUCCUCCAAAUAAACCAUGAUGACUUGGAUGUUGUGGUUGAGGCCGGGGUGAACUGGGUCAAACUCAACGAAGAAAUGCAAGAUAAGGAAUUGUUGUUUGGUUGUGACUGCGGUCCUAAUGGCUUAAUAGGUGGCAUGGUGAAUACAAAUGCUUCGGGCAUCAACGCAUCUCGUUAUGGGGCCAUGGUUCAGAACGUCAUCUCGCUCACUGUUGUUCUAGCUGACGGUACUAUCAUUAAGACAAAACAGAGACCUAGGAAAUCCAGUUCUGGUUACAACUUGACGGGGCUUUUUAUUGGUAGUGAAGGAACUUUGGGUAUUGUCACUGAAGCCACAGUAAAGCUUCAUGUGAAGCCCGCAUAUGAAACAGUGGUUGUUGGCCAGUUUCCUAGAAUCUUGGAUACCACCAACACUGUGGCGGAACUUUUCCGCAGAGGUAUUCGUCCCGAGGCUAUAGAACUUUUAGACAAAGACAUGAUGCAUUGCAUAAAUUACAGUGGCUACUGGACAAAGGAGUGGCUAGAGGUGCCGACGUUGUUCUUCAAGCUUGGUGGACUAAGCAAAUCUGUGGUUGAUGAAACGUUAGCUGUGGUAAAAGAGGUGUCAAUGCAGAAUAACUGUAAGGAUUUUAUCACAGCCAAGGAUAAGAAAGAAGAAGAAGAAUUAUUCAGCGCAAGAAAGAAUGCGUUUUACGCGAUUCUUAAUUAUGGAAAAAAUGAAAUUCAUGAGGACGUAAGAUUGUGGGUCACAGACGUUGCCGUUCCGCUUUCAAACUUAUCCCUGGUCUUAGAAAAAAUCCGGCAGAUGAUUGUGGAGUCUGGGCUUCAAUCAGUCAUUUUAGGUCAUGUGGGCGAUGGAAACUUCCAUGCGGACAUCUUUUAUGCUCCUUCACAGAAAGCCGAGUGCCAAGCUCUUAUCGACAAGAUUACGCUUCUUGGGUUGGCUAACGAGGGAACAGCAAGUGGGGAACACGGAAUAGGCAACGGAAAAAGGAAGUAUCUUCCAAUAGAGUUGGGACAAGAUGCUGUUGAUACGAUGCGGAAAGUUAAAAUGGCGCUAGACCCAAAGAGGUUGUUGAAUCCCGAUAAGGUGUUCAAAAUUGAUCCUAAUGACAACGGAGAGUUUUAG